AUCUUAGAGAAGAUGGCUGAAAUAAGCCUGAAGGAAGUGGCUCUAAUAGUUGGUGUGGUGGCAGCCUGCUACUGGAACAGUCUCUUUUGUGGCUUUGUUUUUGAUGAUGUUUCAGCAAUUUUGGACAACAAAGAUUUGCACCCUUCUACUCCAUUAAAAAAUCUGUUUCAGAAUGACUUCUGGGGGACUCCGAUGUCUGAGGAGCGGAGUCAUAAAUCUUACCGACCCCUCACAGUUCUCACAUUUCGCUUUAACUACUUGUUCAGCGAGUUAAAUGCAGUUUCUUAUCACUUCCUAAAUCUCGUCUUUCACGGGGUGGUCUGUGUAGUCUUCCUCAAGGUCUGUAAGCUUUUCUUGGACAACCAGAGCAGCAUAGUUGCAUCCCUGCUCUUUGCAGUGCACCCAAUACAUACUGAAGCGGUAACUGGAGUUGUGGGCAGAGCAGAGCUUUUAUCAUCUAUCUUUUUUCUAGCUGCAUUUUUAUCAUACACUAAAUCUAAAGGACCAGAUAAUACCAUAGUGUGGACUCCCAUUGCAUUGACUGUGUUUCUAGUAGCUGUUGCAACACUGUGUAAAGAACAAGGAAUUACAGUGGUGGGGAUAUGCUGUGUCUAUGAAGUAUUUAUUGCUCAAGGGUAUACCUUGCCAGUUCUGUGGGAUACAGCUGUUCAGAUUCUUCGAGGAAAGGGCAGUAUUCCUUUCUCCAUGCUCCAAACACUGUUGAAGCUCAUAGUCCUAAUGUUUAGUACACUGCUUCUUGUUGUUGUCAGAGUCCAGGUUAUCCAGUCUCAACUUCCAGUGUUUACAAGGUUUGAUAACCCAGCUGCUGUAAGUCCAUCUCCAGCAAGGCAGCUGACUUUCAACUACCUCCUCCCUGUAAAUGCUUGGCUUCUUCUCAACCCCUCAGAAUUAUGCUGUGACUGGACAAUGGGAACUAUCCCACUUGUGGAGUCUUUGUUAGACAUCAGAAAUGUUGCCACCCUUACGUUCUUUUGCUUUCUGGGAUCUUUGACUGUCUUCAGUCUCCGAUAUCCUGGGGAUUCCUCCAAGACUGUAUUGAUGGCACUCUGCUUAAUAGUGCUGCCAUUCAUUCCUGCAUCAAAUCUGUUUUUUCCUGUUGGAUUUGUAGUAGCAGAACGAGUGUUGUAUGUUCCUAGCAUGGGAUUCUGCAUCUUAGUAGCACAUGGAUGGAAGAAAUUAUCAAAUAAAAGCAUGCUAAGAAAAAUUUCUUGGGUUUGUUUGGCUGUGGUACUGUUCACACAUGCCUUGAAAACACUGCACAGAAACUGGGAUUGGGAAUCAGAGUACACACUGUUUAUGUCAGCUUUAAAGGUAAAUAAGAACAAUGCAAAGCUAUGGAACAAUGUGGGGCAUGCAUUAGAAAAUGAAAAGAAUUUUGAAAGAGCUUUGCAGUUCUUCGUACAAGCCACUCAAGUACAGCCAGAUGACAUUGGUGCUCACAUGAAUGUUGGAAGAACUUACAAAAACUUGAACAAAACUAAAGAAGCUGAGAAAUCAUACAUGAUUGCUAAAUCAUUGAUGCCACAGAUUAUUCCAGGUAAAAAAUACGCAGCAAGAGUUGCUCCUAAUCACCUGAAUGUUUAUAUCAAUCUUGCAAACUUAAUUCGAGCAAAUGAAUCUCGCCUCGAAGAAGCAGAUCAAUUGUAUCGACAAGCAAUUAGUAUGAGGCCAGAUUUCAAGCAGGCUUACAUCAGCAGGGGAGAAUUACUUUUAAAAAUGAACAAGCCUCUGAAAGCUAAGGAAGCUUACCUUAGGGCUCUAGAACUAGACAGAACCAAUGCAGACUUGUGGUACAACUUGGCAAUUGUUUACAUUGAACUGAAAGAUCCAACAGAAGCCCUGAAGAAUUUUAACCAAGCGCUAGAACUCAACCCAAUGCAUAAGCUGGCGUUGUUCAACUCAGCCCUGCUAAUGCAGGAAUCUGGCAAUGCUCAGCUUAGACCUGAGGCUAAACAAAGACUGUUAAAUUAUGUGAAAGAAGAACCACAGGAUGCAAAUGGUUAUUUCAAUUUGGGUAUGCUGGCAAUGGAUGACAAAAAAGAUACAGAAGCAGAGGCAUGGAUGAAGAAAGCCAUAAAGUUACAGCCAAACUUUCGAAGUGCUUUGUUCAAUUUGGCACUGCUUUAUUCUCAGACAGCAAAAGAAUUGAUGGCUUUGCCCAUCCUGGAAGACUUAUUGAAAUACUACCCUGAUCAUACCAAAGGUCUAAUUUUGAAAGGAGAUAUCCUAAUGAACCAAAAGAAGGAUAUAGUUGGAGCAAAAAAGUGUUUUGAAAAAAUUUUGGAACUGGAUCCCAACAAUGUGCAAGGGAAGCAUAACCUUUGUGUAGUUUACUUUGAAGAACGAGACUUAAUAAAAGCAGAAAAAUGUUUGGUGGAAACUCUAGCACUGGCACCUCAUGAAGAGUAUAUUCAACGUCAUCUAAGCAUAGUUAGAAGUAAAAUUGCAUCACUUAGUGCUCCGGAGCAGUCAUCAGUUCCAGCAGAUGAUACUGCCACUGCUGCUGCAGAAGAAAAAAAAAAAAUUCAGAAUUCAAAAGAAGUGAAAAAUGAGCAGAAAUCCUCUCACACAACAGCUGGUAACAAUAAAGGACGUUCAAAAAAUAAGAAACAAGCAGAGAAAAACAGUAUGGAAAAAAAAGAGACUCCCAAAAAAUCCACAAAAGAAAUCAAAGAUAUUGAGAAAAAGAGAGUUGCUGCUUUGAAAAGACUAGAAGAGAUUGAACGUAUAUUAAAUGGUGAAUAGCCUUUAUUAUGUCACGAUAGAGUAUGGGGGUGUACUAUUUUUAAUUGCUGUUUAAUAUAUAAACCAACUGGAAGGUGAUUUCAGUAUUUUGCAGAUAGAACAUCUUGACUGUCUGUCACUUAAUAAGAAGCAGAAUUCGCAGUAAUGUUUUAUGCAACAAAACUACAACUUUUAAAUAUGAGGGGGAUGGAUGGGGAUUGAAGGAUAAUGGGCUGAGAACAAUUUUAAAUGCAGACUCUUAAAAUUGAGAAAAUGACUCAAAAAUUAUUUGUAAGCCAGGGAUAUUCAGGAAUGCUACUUUAAAAGAGUCAGCAAAAGAACUGAGUGGAGGACUAAUGGGAUAAGCCAGACACUGCUGCCAUUAAAAUCUGUUUGUAUUAACAUUUUCUACAUUUCCGUUGGCACAUCAGCAAUUUAAAUCUUUCUAUACCUUUAUGCUACAUAGGAAAGCAUUUUUCUGUGUUACUUGUUUCCAGGGCUCAGCAAAAAGUCAAUAAAAUGCCACUGGCAUGGUAUGUAUCCAUUAGACCAUAGGACAAUGCAGCAGCAACACUAAAAUUUUCAGUUGUGUUCUAAAUAUGGAAUGAUACAAUAAUUGUAUUUGUUCUUCACUUACUGCAAAGUUUUGUACGGUUUUACUUGAUAACUCCUAUGGUGCUCUUAAGAUUAUUAGAGUCUACUUUUACUUUUAAAGAAAAUGUGUUUUUUCUUCAGCUAUGAAACACCUAGUUGUUUGGGGUUUGGCUUUUGUUGUUGUUUUUUUUUUUUUUUUAAAUGUAUAUACAUAUAUACAAAAAAAGGGGUUUUUUUGUUUGUUUUUUCCCUCAGUUCAUUAAAUGCUGGCAAAUGCACUUUUGGUACAGUAAGCAGUAUGCUAUGCAGUGGUUCUUGUGAACUGUGUUUCAAUGACUGUGGAUUGAUUCCUUGGUGUAGGAAAUUCUUUUUUAGUAUAAUGGAUUUACUGUUCAUUGGACAGAAUUUUUUGUCUCAUGAUUUUUUUUAUGACACUAACUUAAGAGUGAUUGCUCAGAGCAAUUUGAUAAUAUUUAAACCACUGAAUUUAGCCAUGUUUAAUGCAAGGAAAUGUGGAUGAGAUCCUUCCAAACUCUUAAGUUCUUCAUUUUGAUAAUUUGUCAUGAAUGUGUGCUUUUUAUUAAAUAUUUAUUUUGACUACUAAAAUAAUUCCAUUUACAUUUUGCCACUAAUGCAUCACUUUUAUUUCCUACAUGACAUUAUUUUUUAUAUAAUUUCAGUGUUCCUUUUCUCUUUGUGCAAUGCAUAUAUUUUUGUUCAUAUAUAUUGCCUAUUACCAAAACCUGAUACUUUGUGUAACUAUUGAGAAAGGAAAAGAGGAGAUCGGUUCAGUAAUAAUUUAAUCAUUAAAUCUAACUUUGUUCUUCA